CACACGGCCCCAGGGGUGGCACACGGACCCCAGGGUGGCACACGGACCCUGAGAGUGGCACAUGGACCCCCAGCCCUGUCCCAGGACCCUCUGAGGGGCUGCAGGAUGGAGCGUGCCAAAGCCCACGCGUGGCAGCUGUGAAAGUGCCGUGUGUCAAACACUGGCUGAGCCUUCACUGCUCAUUUGCCUGAGUUUCAGCUUUACCCCAGAUGCAAAUGCCGUCAGCUCCGCUCCCACCAGGAGUGCCGCCACUGAGAUGGAGGCCCUGCUCCCUGGUCUCUCCCUGCUGCUUCUCCUCCUGGCAGCGGGAUGGGGAGGCAGGAUGGACACAGCCUGGGCACCAUCUCCUGGGGGCUGUGAGCUUGUGCAGAGCAUCAUGGACUGCACUGGCAGAUGGCUGAGUUCCAUCCCAGGAAACCUUCGAGGCGACACCGAGGAGCUGUUCCUUGAUGACAACACUAUCCAGGUCCUGGGCAAUGCCUCCCUGCUCCUGUAUCCCCACCUCUGGCAUCUCAGCGUGACCAGGAACCGCCUGGAGCUCAUUGAGCCCGGCGCCUUCCUCAGCAGCCAGGGCCUGGAGGUGCUCUCCUUGACAGACAACCUGCUCUUCACCAACUACUCGCUGACAGCCGCUGCUCUUUCUGCUCUGCCGGCCUUGAGGAUGCUGGAUCUGGCUGGAAACCAGCUCAGGGAGGACAUGGUGUCAGUUUUAGUCUCAAACCUGUCUUCCUUGGAGUCCCUGUCUGUGGCCAGGAACAUAAUCAUGAGGUUGGACUCAUCCACCUUCACAAACCUGACAGAGCUGCUGGAGCUGAACCUGGAGAAGAACUACAUCUUUGAGAUUGACAAUGCCUUUGAAGGGCUGCAAAGGCUGCAGAGGCUCAACUUAGCUUACAACUACCUCCCGUGUCUGGUGGGGUUUGACCUGACCAAGCUCAGGGUGCUCAAUCUCAGCAACAACGUCAUUGAGUGGUUUCUGAGCAUGGAAAUUGAUGACCUCUUUGAGCUGGAGGUGCUGGACCUGUCCCACAACCGCCUGCUGUUCUUCCCUGUGCUGCCCAGGCAGAGCAAGCUGCACUCCUUGCUGCUGCAGGACAACAGGAUGAGCUUCUACCAGCGGCUCCCCAACGGCACCUCCCUGGCCAACGUCACCAUGCAGUUCCUGAUCAUCGAUGGCAACUCCACCAACAUCACCACGGUCAGGCUCUGGGAUGAGCUCUGCCACAGCAACCUCUCCUCCCUGCGCCUCCUGGACAUGAGCCAGAACGAGGUCUGGGGCCUGCCAGAUGAUUUCCUGGCCCAGAUGCCCUCCCUGACCCACCUGAAGCUCAACCAGAACUGCCUGGAGGCAUUUCACCUGCCAGAGGAGGACCCCUUGGCCAGGCUGACAGAGCUGGACCUCAGCCAGAACCAGCUGGUGGAGCUGGGGGUGAAGGUGGGCGCUGGGGACAUCCUGCCCAGCCUGCAGCUCUUCAACCUCAGCACCAACAGGCUGCAGGCUCUUCCUCCUGGGAUUUUCACCCACACCAGGAAGAUCACUACCCUGGACCUCAGCUACAACCGGGUUGCCCUCUGUCCCCGGCCAGCUGAGGCCCAGAGUCUCUCCUGUGUGGACAUCAGGGGUGUGGAGACCUUGAGCCACCUCUCCUUGGCUGGCUGUGGUCUGCAGGGCAUGGGUGGCCGCCCCUUCCAGGGGACAUCGCUGAUGCACCUGGACCUCUCUGACAACCGCCAGCUGCUCUCUGGGGACCUGGCCUGGCUGCAGGACCUUGUCCUGACCCUGCAGGUGCUGUCUCUGAGGAACACCAGCCUCUCCUCCACCACGGACCUCUCUGCCCUGAGCAGCCUGGUGCGCUUGGACCUUUCUGGGAACUGCCUGGCCGCGUUCCCCGCCUGGCUGGGCGCGCUGAGGCUGCGCAGCCUGGACCUGCGGGACAACUGCCUGCCAGCGCUGCCGCGGGACCUGCCCCAGCAGGCACCGCUGGGCAGGAGCCUGCGGGAGCUCUACCUCAGCCACAACCCCUACAACUGCUGCACGCUGGGCUGGUGGGACGCCCUGCAGCAGGCGCAGGGGCUGCGUGUCCCCGACGGGCAGGAGGUGACCUGCAGGCACGGCCCCCGCGCGCUCAGCCCCGGCGCGCUGCCCCAGCCCGUCCUGCAGAGCUGCCAGUGGCACACGGCCAACAUGGAGCUGCUCUACCUGGUGCUGGCUCUGCCCACCUGCCUGACGCUCCUGGUGGCCUUCGUGGUUGUCUUCCUCAUGCUCAAGGAGAAGCUGCUGAAAAUGGUGAAAAAUCGGUGUGGGGUGUCCAGCCCUUACUGAUGGCUGAGGAAGAGGAAGGGCUUGGGAAGAGUCAGUAAUAGGAGGUGGUCAGGAGUGCAGGUGAUAACCCCUCCAAGGUGGUCAUGAUGGAAAGCUGAUGGAUGCAGGACAGGAGGUGCUGGGAGAGCUGCCAUUCCUGCCCUGAUGGUGCCCAAAGGGUGAGGGCUGUGUCUGGUGAUGGAGCGCUGGGAAUCCUCGAGGAACGUGUCUGCAGCAGAAACCUUCAGCUGGUGCCGGUGAGAGCUGAGUGAACACAACAUCAAACAUUCCUUGGCUGAAAGGACAGGUUGCUCAGAAAAACCUGUGGAUGCCCUAUCUGUGGAAGUGUUCAAGGCCAGGCUGGAGUUGGCUUGGAACAAUAUGAUAGAGGAAGGUGUUGUAACCAGCCGGGUUUUUAAGGUCAUUUCCAACCCAGACCACUCUGAGAUUCUGUGACAAUUUUCUCCAGCACUGCUUUUCCCCCCACUUUCCAGCAGUUCUUUUUAUUUAUUCCCACCUGUAGCCAACUCAAAAAGUCUUUCAGAUCUGCAACCAGCCUCCACAAAGUGCUCCAGGCUGGAGCAAACAUCACCUGGCCGCUGUGGAGAAGGGUCUCUGUAGCCACAGCUUUCAACACUGCUCUUGCCAGCACCGCAGGCAACCCUGCUCAUGCACCAUGUGGGUGUGCUGAAAAAGACAGGCAUUGUCAGCAGGGUGAAAGACACAUUUUGGGGUGUUGUUUCUCCACUAAAUCACAGUUUGGGCUAGAAAACUCCAUUAGAAACAGCCCAAGUUGCAACAACAGGAAAUAUUGAUUGAAAAGCAGGGGAGUAAAUUAUAUCCCUCAGCGAUAUUUUAUAAUGGAUUUAUGUUUCUCCAGUGACUGCUGGAUUAAACAUACAAAGGAAACAAGAGAAAUCCUUCCUCCUUGUUGUGCAAGCCCUGCUCUGGCGGGCAGUGCCCGGGGGUUUCCUCCACCCAGCCCUGCUCACAGCAGCUCUGCUCUGCCAGAGCAGCCAGCACUACCUGGGGAAGUGCUGCUCUGCUCCUCGGGGGUCACUGAGGGGAAAGGGGAAGUGGUGGUGCUUUGUGCAAACUGAAAAGCCCUUCUGAGAACGGGAGUGGCUUUAUUCCUGUGGCACUGUUGGGAUUUUUCUAGUGAAACAUGUUUAAUGGGAACGAGGCACAGGGAAGUGUGCAGCAGUGCUGGAGUGCAAUUCUGGGGGCUUGUCCUGCCUGGGUGUGGGCUCAGUCAGUGAUGUGGGGUGUGCUGGGGAUCAAACCUGGUGGAGUUGUCCUGUGAGGUGAUGGAGGGAGAUGCCCAGGACUGGCCUGAAGCUGGGAGGAUGUUGGGGAUGGUGAAGGAGGGCAGACAAGGCUGGCAGCAGGACAAACCCAUCCCAGGCACAGGGACUGGGCUCAUGGGGGAGCCUGGUGUGGCUGCUGGCUCUGCAAGGCUGGAAAAUGGAUGGGACAGACCCUGCUAGAACCUAGCUAGCAGCUCCACUGGGGCUGAGAGCAGGACAGGCUCUGGAAACCCAUCUGUCAGAUCUGGCUCAGAAAUGACCGCUUU